AUUAUGAAUGCAAAAAGGAGCUCUGCAGGUGAGGAAGAAGCCUCAGGAAUGAGCAAUGAGACCCUGGGAGAGAGUGGCUGCUUGGGAGAGGCCAAAAGGCAACAAGUGAUCCGUGUUACCUAUGUGAUUGCAGCCCUGGACCUGACCUUUCUCUUCAUGCAGAUGGGAGUCGUGCCUUACUUGGCAAAGAGCCUGGGUUUGGAUUCAGUGGGGUUUGGCUGUCUCCAGACCAUCUUUGGUGUCCUCCAGCUUGUUGGAGGUUACAUUUUUGGAAGGUUUGCAGAUCAAUUUGGUGCCCGAGCUGCUUUAAUUCUCUCCUGUGCAUCUGGAAGCAUCUUCUUCCUGCUUAUGUCCCUCUCCAUCAACAUCCCGCUCCUCUUCUUCUCCAGGCUGCCAGGAGUGUUCAUGCAUGGAGUACCAGGUGCUCAGAAGGUUAUUACAGAUAUGACCACUCCUCCCCAACGUGCUGGUACUUUGGGAAAGCUGGGCUUUUGCUUUGGAGUGGGCAUCAUUGCUGGCUCUGUCGUGGGAGGUGUUCUGUCCACCAAAUUCGGUGUUUAUGUUCCUAUAUAUGUUGGGCUGGUGGGAAAUCUCAUCAACAUCCUGAUAGCAAUGGUUUGGAUCCCUUCUCAGACUAAACCAAAGUCAGACCAUCAUGUGACAGAGCACAGCACAUCACAGACUGGCAGCUUGUUUAGCAUCAGAGAAAUUCUGCACCUGAUGAAGUUUCCGGGAGUAAUGGAAGUUUUCAUAGUCAAGGUCUUUGCUGGACUUCCCAUAGGUUUGUUCAUGAUUAUGUUUUCCAUCAUCUCUAUGGAUUUCUUUGGGUUGGAAGCAGUGGAGUCUGGAUAUCUGAUGUCAUAUUUUGGUGUCCUUCAAAUGGUUGUCCAGGGUUUGGUGACUGAGAAACUUGCAAGUCACUGCUCAGAGAUGACCCUGCUCAGACUCAGCGUCUUUGUUUUUGCCAGUGUGGGCCUAGGCAUGGCCCUGAUGAGGACAGUGUGGCACUACUGCAUCAUUGUGGUGCCAAUGGUGUUUGCCUUCAAUAUGCUGGCCACCAUCACUGACAGCAUGCUCACCAAGGCUGUGCCCUCCUCCAACACUGGUGCCAUGCUUGGGAUUUGCGCCUCAGUGCAGCCCUUGACCCGGACGGUGGGUCCAACCGUUGGUGGGGUUUUAUAUAAACAAUUUGGAGUCUCCUCCUUUGGCUAUUUACAGCUAAUUGUCAAUUUAGGUUUGUUUGUUUACCUCUUGAAGAGUAAAAUCCCACUGGAAGAGGUGAAAAGCCAAUAAUACAGUUGCAAGAAAGUAACCCCUUAU